AUGACGCUCGCCCAUACCAGUGCUCUCGUUCUCUUCGUUCUGACGACCGGUGUCGGAUGCGACGAAUUUUCUGAUCUAUCCGUGCAGUAUUUCGAGCAACGCGUCGAUCACUUCGGUUUUCACAAACGGGAUACGUUUCGGCAGAAGUACCUCAUGUCCGACAAAACGUUCCAGGCUGGGGGUCCGAUUUUUUUCUACUGCGGCGGGGAAAUGAACGUAGAACUACACGCUCGACAAACAGGUCUGAUGUUUACCUGGGCAAGAGAGUUCAGAGCCCUCGUGGUUUUCGCGGAGCAUCGCUAUUACGGAGAAUCUCUGCCGUAUGGGGAUGCAUCGUUUUACGGGUCUGAGCGACGGGGUUACCUAUCGACCGAGCAGGCAUUGGCGGAUUACGCUGCGAUACUUUCACAUUUGAAAGCAAACCACACCGGAGCAACUAAAAGCGAGAUCGUUGUGUGGGGCGCGGGCUAUUCGGGAAUGCUCGCUGUCUGGAUGAGGGUCAAGUACCCGCAUAUAGCGAAACUAGCGUAUGCAUCGAGUGCACCUAUCGGCUUCUAUAGCGGAGAAGUUCCAUGUGGGAAAUUCCUCAAAGCCGUAACCUCGGUGUUCAGAAGCGAAUCUGAAACAUGCGUUCAAAGCAUCCGUCGAAUUUGGAAUGUUCUUCAGACCAUGGCGACGUCACGAGACGGCAUGGCUCAUCUGGCCGACGCGUUUAACACGUGUCAGCCGGUGCGCGGAGACAACAUUUCGAACCUGUUCCGAUGGCUGAAGGAGUCAUUUAGAACGAUAUCGAUGCUCGACUUUCCGUAUGAGACGGACUUGUUCGGAAAAUUACCCGCAUAUCCGGUGAAAGAAGCGUGCAGCAAGCUUUGGAACCAUCAACAAAGCGAUCGAGACCUCAUGAGAGCCGCGCACAAAGCCGUGUCGGUCCUCUACAAUCAUACCGGUGAAGUCGUCUGUUACUCGUUGGAUAAUACGCUGCGUAACAACGCGGGCUGGGGUUUCCAGGCCUGCACGGAACUCAUCAUGCCCGUCUGCUCGGAUGGAAUGGACGACAUGUUCAAUCCCAAAUCCUGGGACUUGAAAAAAGUCCAGAGGAAAUGCUUGAAUAAGUUCGGAGUGUGGCCUGACGACCAGCGUCUGAAAAGGAUAUACGGUGGCGCCACGGGACUGGCAACGGUGGACAACAUCGUCGUCACAAACAACCAGCGAGAUCCAUGGUACGACGGAGGAAUUCUCACCGGAACAGAAGGUAUAACCGUCAUAUCGAUUCGGAACGGAGCUCACGGGCACGACAUGCGGACACCCCACGAAAAAGAUCCCAUCUCGGUGACGUGGGCUCGGAGUCGAGUUCGAGCUGUCAUUCGGAGAACUAUAUCACCUCUGUUGAACUAUGUUCUCGGAUGA